AUGUUUUCAUUUGUACAUCGACCCCGUUUCAAUAAUGUGAUACGACUUUCAUUGAAUGGAUACUUAACAACAGAUGUUUGUGAUGCAAUUCGAAAUAAUGUUGAUCUGAAUAUGAUUCAAUAUUUUCAUUUUUCAUCAACUGUCGGUACCACUGAAUCCUUUAUUGAAUUGAUUGAAAAUAUGAUUAAUCUUUCUUCUAUUCAUAUUCAGUACUUCCAUAGUCUUGAUCUAUUUAAUCUAGUUUCAUCACCAAAUUUUUCUAUUCGACAUCUUGUUUCAUUCGAUUAUGAACCAACAAUAAGAAAACAAAUUUUCUCUCAUAUAUGUCGAAUCUUUCCACAAUUAACCUAUUUGACAACAGACUAUCAUUCACGAUGA